CUGCCUGCAUUGCUUCCUGAUCACCCAUUCCUACUCCCGGCCGGGCUCCCGGCCGGCCGGCCGGCAAGCACUACAAGAUGUUGAGCUGGCUCCGUUGUUUCCCGCACGACGGCACCGUCAUGGACGAGGAGAGGAAGCCCAGGCCCGGGAGGAGCGCCACUUUCAGGAAGAAGCAUAGCCCCGAUGCCGCGCCGUCUCGGAAACGGUUCAUCCGGUCGGGCACCUCGCUCACCGCGUCCUCGUCGGCACGAGCCAGCUUCGGCCGCCACUCCGUCGACGUCCCCAACUACAACCACAGCAUCGUCUCGGCGCGCUCCUUCACCUUCCCUGAGCUCGCCGCCGCCACGGACAGCUUCAGCCAUGCCAACCUCAUCGGCGAGGGCGGCUUCGGCCGCGUCUACAGAGGCCUCAUCGGCUCGUCGGCGGUGGCCGUCAAGCAGCUCGACCGCACGGGGUUCCAGGGCGACCACGAGUUCCUCGUGGAGGUGCUGGUGCUGAGCAGCCUCCUGACCCACCCCAACCUCGUCGGCCUCCUGGGCUACUGCGCCGACGGCAACCAGCGGCUCCUCGUCUACCAACUCAUGCCGCUCGGCUCCCUCGAAAAUCACCUCUUCCUCCCCCGAGUCCCAGCGGACGGCGAAGAGAAGCCACCACCGCCGGUUCUGCCGUGGCGGACCAGGAUGAGGAUCGCGCACGACGCCGCCCAGGGCCUGGAGUUCCUCCACGAGACUGCCAACCCGCCGGUGAUCUACCGCGACCUCAAGUCCUCCAACAUCCUCCUCGACGAGGGAUACAACGCCAAGCUCUCCGACUUCGGCCUCGCCAAGCUGGCCACACCGAUCACCCGCAACGGCAAGGGCGGUGACGCGGAGGAGGAGAAGGACGGUUCGUCGAGGGUGAUGGGCACGUACGGUUACUGCGCGCCGGAGUACGUGAGGAAGGGGCACCUGACGGUGAAGUCGGACGUGUACAGCUUCGGCGUGGUGCUGCUGGAGCUCAUCACCGGCAGGCGGGUCAUCGACGAGAGCAGGCCCUCUGGGGAGCAGAACCUCGUGGCCUGGGCGGCGCCCAUGUUCAGCGAGCAGAGGAGGAUGCACGAGCUGGUGGAUCCGCUCCUGGUAGAAGGGCCGAGCGGCAGGGAGCUGAAGCAGGCGGUGGCGGUGGCGGCUAUGUGCUUGCAGGAGGAGGACACCGUAAGGCCCAUCAUGUCGGACGUCGUCAUGGCGCUCAGCUUCGCCGCCGACGACUUACCCUCGGCUCCCAGAUACACGUCACUUUAGCAUAUUACUAUAUCUGGUGGCAUUGGCUAACAUUGUGUGGUUUUUAUCCGGUGGCAUUGGCUAACAUUGUGGGGUUUGCGUCUUACAAAAUGAAAUAAUAAAACAGGGGAUUCGGCUCA